AAAACAGGCAAAUCUUUGAAUAAUGCUGGUCGUCCUGUCGCAAGAGCAGUUGAAAUAACACGGCAUUAGUAAUGGCUAGCAUGAAAUUUUCUAGCAAACGAAACAGCGAUGAGGAACAAAUUGUUUCCUUUUUCACAAGGCAACCAAAAUCUGCCCCCGAUGUUGAGGCAAGGCUGAACAGAAUAAAGCAACACGAUGGAGUGCUCGGUGUGAUUGUGGUAAACAACGAAGGCAUCGCCAUCCGAACAACUCUUGACAACCCCACGACGCAGCUCUAUAUGCUGCAUUGCCGGCAGCUCAUCCAUUUAGCAAGACAUACUGUCCGAGAUAUUGACCCAACAGACGAUUUGAACUUUUUCAGAAUGCGAAGUAAGAAAAACGAGCUUGUCGUUGCACCUGAUCAGGGUUACACAAUAAUUGUUAUCCAGUCUUGUCCUGGCCAGAAUUAACGAAUGAAUCGAUUAUCAUAUUUAAUAACUUAAUUAUUAUAGUUAACCUGUCGAUUGAAUUUUUGAUAUAUCAGACAAGCAAAAUGUGUUGUUGACGCUUAUUACACUUUUACGAAUAAAUAUUUUCAUCAACGACUAUAAAUUUUUCUGCCAUGUUUAUAUCUUUUAAUUAUUUUCCAAGUAUUAUC